AUGGAUUCCCUGGAGGCCCUUUUCCCUCGAGAUGCCAGUGUCUGCACAGGAGGCAAACAGUGGUAUGUUUGCACGAUAGGGGGUUUUCGCGGAUGCUGCUCGAGCGAUCCAUGUACGACGGGGGUCUGUCCAGACGACAACGAUGCCACGGGAACUAUGACAACUUUUUCUGACUUGAUACUGACGACUGCUAUUGCUAUCAAUCGACUGCCUGACGUGACGCCGAGAACGAUAACUACUUCUUCUAUGACCACGUUGACUGAGGCAGUCACUAUGUCAGAGGACCCAACAACAACAACUGCAACUUCGGCAUCUUUGUCCAAAACGCCAGUUGCAACCUCAGAGCCUUCUGCAACUAGUGAAACCUCCACUCUAGAAACCAUCAGCCCCACUACCUUCUCCGUAGUUCGAGCUACAUCGAGUGGAGCGGCCUCUCCAACUACCACCGCUAGUCUCCCUAAUACAUCAUCUUCCAACCGCGGAGCAAUCAUCGGCGGGGUCCUCGGAGGCCUAGCAGCUAUAGCACUAAUAGCCAUCCUCAUAUUCUGCUGCAUCCGCCGAAGAAGAAAGGAAAUCAAGCACGGCAAGCGAUCAAGACUAUGGCAUCCCAGACGUGCUCCCAAAGAUCCAGCUGAAUCCAAGGCCCCAUCAUCUCCAUCCAGCGAAACAACUAGAUCCUUGACAGCAACCAGCACAACCCCAAGCACAGAGACAAAUCCACUCCAUCUAACUCCAACCCUAGUCCUAACCCCAUCACCAACGACCCUCAUCCCCUUCUCGCCACAGAAGAAUCAACCCCCACCUCUCUUAACAGAACUCCAGGAUACAGGCCGUCCCCGCCUAUGCGCAGAGUUACCAUCCAGUCCCCAAAGCGAAUGGAUUAAUAUCCCAAGGACCCAGCGAGCCUGGAAUGCCGCACUGAGGACUGGUCCGCGGGCAUGGGAAUUGCCCAACUUAACGCCUAUAACGGCCAGUCCGCGGGAGAGUCCGGUUCGGGAGGGUGGACGCGGACAUGCGGGCCAGAGUGGGAGUGGGAGUGGGAGUGGGAGUGGGAGUGGUGUGGGUGUGAGAAGGGUUCCUGAUGGUGUUGUGCUGGGGGCGAAUUUGGAUCGGUAUUCUAAUGGGUUGGAGAUUGGGUUGGAUCGGGGCGUUGAGGCUGAGGGGGAUCAUGUUAUGAGUUUCAUGCAAUUUGAUAGGUCUGGUGGGGGUGGUCGGAUUUCUUCUGAUUUGGGAGGGAUUGAGAGCGGUUCUGGGGCUGAGAGGGUGUUGGAUGAGAUUGAUGAAGAUGUUCCGCCUGCGUAUGAGGCGGGUGAGGGUUCGUUGCAGCCGGAGAUUAAGUCGCCUUCUGGGAGGAUGGGAUGA